CUCAUUACAGUGGGACGGCCGUGAAAUGUAUGCCUUGUUAUAUUAUAUGUUCUCAAUUAUUCUUUAAAUCGUAAUCGACUGGGCCGGAAGUUCGGUUCCGAUGUCAAUAAAACAAAAACGUCCAAGUGCGGAGACCGUUUCAGCGAAGUCGUGAAGGUGCAACACAUUUGAACUACAAACCUCGACCUAUGUAGUCCUUGGUAUAUGAUCUGAGCAGCAGGGCCAAGAUUGUGGACCAGCGUAACGGAACCGAGGAGCCACCAAAACAAAAGGCGUUGCCAUGACUUGAGCACGCCUUCUUGGAGACUGGGGACAUGAGUCAGGCCAAGUUGCUGACAUGAAAUAUCUGACGCUCCGGUGGCUUUGCCUGCUCAGCAUAAGCCUCCCCGUCUUUUUUUGGUUCGGAUAUGUGCUCACUCGGGAGGGUGCACCCCCCGUCGUGCAACAGGUUCGUGAACUCAGAGGAUACUUGAGGGUCAGUCCGGACUCUGUGGACCAGUUCUUGAACGUGCACUUCGACCAGUGUGCCUUAGUCUCCAGUUCCGGCCAGAUGCUGGGAGCGGGCUUGGGCGCCGAUAUCGACGACACCCAGUCCGUGAUCCGCAUGAACAACGCGCCCACGCUGGGCUACGAGAAGGACGUGGGCAGCCGCACCAGCAUACGGGUGGUGUCCCACACCAGCGCCCCCCACCUCGUGAAGAACGAGCGCUACUAUUUUGGAGAAGCGACCAACACCACCUACGUGUUCUGGGGUCCUGAGAAGAAAAUGAGGACGGACGGGAAGGGUGGCGUCUUUAACGCUCUCCUGAGGAUAGCCAAGAAGUAUCCCAAUAUCCGACUUUAUGCCAUGACCCAGGAUAGAGUGGAGCACUGUGACCGAGUCUUCCAGAAUGAAACUGGAAAGAACAGGUUAAAGUCGGGGACGUACCUCAGCACGGGAUUCUUCACCAUGAUUCUGGCUAUGGAGAUAUGCGACAGCAUCUGCGUGUACGGGAUGAUCAAUGCAGACUACUGCAGAGGAACCAAUCACAGCUCGGUCCCCUACCAUUACUACGAGCGGGGCAGGAUGGACGAAUGCCGCAUGUACAGAAUCCACGAGCGGACGAGGCGCGGCGGCCACCGCUUCAUCACGGAGAAAGCCAUUUACGCCAAGUGGGCCUCGUGUCACAAAAUGGAGUUCAGACAUCCUUCUUGGAAUAUUUCAAACCCCAGACCACAUUGACCUCGGUUCCAUGGACCUACGGUGGACUCCUAGGGGCAGGAAGUUGUCACUGGAGCUCGGAGAAAUAAUAGACACAUAAAGAUUAGCACUGAUAUUACGGAUGAAGAACAUACUGUAAAUACUCCAGUUUGUAGAGUUUCUCUACAAAUAUCCAUCUGAAUAGAUGAAAUAAGUUAUUUAUAUACCCCUCCCAAAAAAGUUUCGCUUUAGAAACUGGUUUGUAUGAAAAAGCAAACAACUGCAACGUAAUCCUGAUGCUGAAACGUGAAUCCCGCACAGCUUGUUUGCUUGGCACCCACACCAGCAGGAGCUUUCAUUGGUGUUUACAUUUACAUUAGUGUUGACUCUACUGUACUCUCUACUGUACUCUACAUGCGGCGUUACCCACUGGACUGCAUUCUACUCCAUUAUUUAUACUAACACAUGCACUGGUACGCCUGCUACUCUAGUUUCUGGGGUGCAGUUGCACUUUUGUUUUUCUUUUCAUAUUAUGGCUGGAGCUGUCAAUCGAUUAAAAUAUUUGAUAGGGAUUAAUUGCAUUUUGACCAUAGUUAACUCAGAUUUAAUUGCAUUUAAUCACAGAUUAAAAGCAUUUUUUUUAAAAGAUGAUUUGAUGUGCAACUACAACAUUCAUUUUCUAGGGCCGCGGGAGUGCUGGAGCCUAUCCCAGCUGUCUUCCGGCGAGAGGCGGGGUACACCCUGGACUGGUGGCCAGCCAAUCACAGGGCACAUAUAGACAAACAACCAUUCACACUCACAUUCAUACCUAUGUACAAUUUGGAGUGGCUAAUUAACCUAGCAUGUUUUUGGAAUGUGGGAGGAAACCGGAGUACCCGGAGAAAACCCACGCAUGCACGGGGAGAACAUGCAAACUCCACACAGAGAUGCCCGAGGGUGGGAUUGAACCCUGGUCUCCUAGCUGUCUGUGCGCUAACCCCUAGACCACCAUGCAGCCGCAACUACAACAAUACUUACAUAUUACAGUAAUAUCAAUUUUGGAACUAUGGACCAUUAUUUGAAACGAUACAGUCAGCAAGCAUAUUUUUGUGUGACUAUUUUUCUUCAUGAUUAGCAUAUUAGCUCUUACACGCACCCACAAACGUUCAGCAAAUGCAAAAUGUGAGCGAGUGAUACAAACA